AUGCUACUCAAACAACGUACGAUAUCCACGAAGAUGUUGCUGGGCACAACGAUCCUUUUAUCGCUACUGCUGUAUGGAACCGCCCAAGAGGACUUUCCGGACAUUUGUCAAAAUCGAACUUUAGUUUUGAACAAUGUAAUGGCUAGUAUACUGCAGCCGGAUUUCAUUAAUUCUCCUGGUUUGAAAUGCCUAAGCAUCCCAUACAGUUACAUCUUUACUACAAUGGAUGGUGCUUUCAAUAAAGUACCAAAUUUGGUAUACCUCGAUUUCGGAAUAAGCAGAAUUCCGCCAGAAAAUAUGUUCUCUUUUGGUAACAUGCCACACCUCCAACGACUCAUUAUCCGUAAACAAGACGCACAAUUUUAUAGCGGCGUAGUAUCCAUAAAUAACGUCUACCCGGCACUUGAAUAUUUGGAUUUAAGUAAUGAAUUUGGAUAUUCUCAGAUUCAGAAUAUAUGGAGCCCAAAAAAAUAUCCAUUUCCAAACUUAAAGUAUCUAGACAUUUCCGGAAAUAGGUUUUAUAGUUUUAUCCCUUUCGCCCUAUGGGACGAUACUUUGAUACAUUUGAAUGUUAACAACAAUAGGCUCUCAAAAGUUUAUCUUACGCAGUCAAGCAAUCUAGUAGAACUACUGUUGGAUGGCAAUGAACUUCGCAGAAUAGGCGAUAAUUAUGAUUUGGACCUAUCGGGUUUAGACAGUUUGGAAUACCUUUCUGUAAUAAAAAAUAAACUCAAUUUUAUUAGUAAGGAAGCAUUCAACGCAACGCUUAAUCUUCGAUACUUGGACGUCUCCAUGAAUAAUUUGUCAACCUUGCAUCCUGAAACGUUCACGAACUUGAUCUCGCUGGACACUGUUAUUUUGGAUUAUAAUCAUUUCGAUACUGUCCCUGUAAAGGGACCUUUAAACGUAACCACCUUAUCGAUGAUUUGCAAUAACUUAACGUAUUUAUCAGCUAACUCGUUGCAAAAUUUGACACAACUGAAAAAGUUGUCUUUAGGCGGAAACAGGAUCCAGCUGAUCGACUCGGAUACAUUCAAGUCUCAAGGAUGGUUGGAAGAAUUACAUUUGAACGAUAAUAAGUUGAAAUACUUGCCAGACUAUUGGUUCCAAUACCUAAAGAACCUUCGAUACUUAGACCUAUCGGGAAACGGUAUUACUUCCAUUGAAUACAUUAUAUUUUUUUUUUUCUACAUA